AUUUGACCCUUCUAGAAGGCCAUGUAUAUAUAUGUAUGAUGACAAAAACUUAAUACUUACUUUCAAUAUCUUCAUUGUCUUUCUCUCUCCCUCUCUCUCCCUGAAAGACAUGGAUACUUCCAAAAACACUAAUCUCCAAAACCCUACUAAACUCACAAAACCAUUUCAAUAUUGUCAAGAAGAAGAAAAAGAAGAAGCACUAUCUCUCCGAGAUCUUCCCCUCAACGCCGGAAACAUCAAUCCCACCGCCACCCCAAUCACCACCGAAGAACACCGUGAACCAUCGACCGAGCUUUUUGAGUUUCUUACCUCAACCUCCUACGACGUUUCUCCGGCAGAAAACAUAAUCUUCGGCGGCAAACUCAUCCCUUUAAACUACCAAAAUGUCCUCUUUUCGCCUCCUGAACACAUUAGCCCUCGAAUUCGCGCACGGUCCGAGUCCUUAUCCGCGAUACAAGGCCAUAAGCUUAACCGUCCCGGAAGUAAUACCGUGGCACGUCUUGACAAUGCCGGACCUAUGAGGACAAGCCGUUCUUUAGAUUACCGCAAGCUCUCACGUGGCCCAAACACCGUACAUUCUCCACCGACAAGUAGUUCGCCGGCCAAAAACACUGCAAAGGCUGAGCCGGCGUCCUCUGGAAGUGGAAAAAGUGUAAGACCAAGGAGAUGGUAUGUGAUCAUGUUUGGAAUGGUUAAGUUCCCACCGGAGAUUGAACUCAAGGAUAUCAAGAACCGUCAGAGUCGUAGGAACAUUCCAUCGGUUAUAUUCCCGUCACCUACUAACCGGAAAACUCGUAGAUCUCGAUCGCCGUCACCGUCUCCUUCUUGGAGGUUUCUCAACGCUUUAAGUUGCAAGGAGCCUACAAGCGUGGCAGCUACGGCGCCGUUUUGGGUGCCACAUCCUUAAUAUUACUAUAUUAUCCCUACUAAAAAUUGCUUUGCUGUUGAUUUAGAAAGGACAGGAUCGUUAUUUUAGUAUAAGUUUCAUCGAUAUUCUAAUUUAUUUUUGUGAAAGAAUGUCGAUUAUUGUAAUUUAUUUGGUGAAUCGAUAAUAGUUUGGAGUUUGGAGUC